GCGCAUGUGCAGGACCCAGCAGGUCUAGAGCUUUUCUGUGUUUCUCCGGACUUCGAGCCAUGGCGGUGACGGAAGCGAGCCUGUUGCGCCAGUGUCCCCUGCUUCUGCCCCAGAACCGGUCGAAAACCGUGUAUGAGGGAUUCAUCUCGGCUCAGGGAAGAGACUUCCACCUUAGGAUAGUGUUGCCUGAAGAUUUACAACUGAAGAAUGCAAGUGGGGUAGAAGAGAAAGCCAGUGACAAGACCUUGGGGCGUACCAACAUUUAAAGGACUGGUCACUAAAGAGGAACUUACAAGGAGACUAAGGAUUGACCAGAGAAGAGGAAAACUUGGGCAGCAGAGUCUUUCAAGCCAAAUAAAGAGAGGCUUCAGCAAGGCGUGGUUAGCAAUGCUGAGGAUUACAAAGAGAUAGGUUAGAUGCAGAUUAUUAUGUAGUUGGCAGCUGAGAACAAUACUUAGUGGAUACCAUCGAAUAGUACAACAGAGAAUGCAGCACUCUCCUGAUCUAAUGAGCUUUAUGAUGGAGUUGAAGAUGCUUUUGGAAGUUGCCUUAAAGAAUAGACAAGAGCUGUAUGCACUACCUCCUCCUCCCCAUUUCUACUCAAGCCUUAUUGAAGAGAUAGGAACUCUUGGUUGGGAUAAACUUGUGUAUGCGGAUACCUGCUUCAGUACCAUCAAGUUAAAAGCAGAAGAUGCUUCUGGUAGAGAGCAUUUAAUCACUCUCAAGUUGAAGGCAAAGUAUCCUGCAGAAUCACCAGAUUAUUUUGUGGAUUUUCCUGUUCCAUUUUGUGCCUCCCGGACACCUCAGGUAAAUUCUCCUCAGAGCUCCUUAAUAAGCAUUUAUAGUCAGUUUUUGGCAGCAAUAGAAUCACUAAAGGCAUUCUGGGAUGUUAUGGAUGAAAUCGAUGAGAAGACCUGGGUACUUGAGCCAGAAAAACCUCCACGGAGUGCAACAGCACGCAGAAUUGCAUUAGGGAAUAAUGUUUCCAUAAAUAUAGAGGUAGACCCCAGGCAUCCUACUAUGCUUCCUGAGUGCUUCUUUCUUGGAGCUGACCAUGUGGUAAAACCCCUGGGAAUUAAGCUGAGCAGGAACAUACAUUUGUGGGAUCCAGAAAAUAGUGUGUUACAAAAUUUGAAAGAUGUUUUAGAAACUGAUUUUCCAGCUCGUGCUAUCCUGGAAAAAUCUGAUUUUACUAUGGAUUGUGGAAUUUGUUAUGCUUAUCAACUUGACGGUACCAUCCCUGAUCAAGUCUGUGAUAAUUCCCAGUGUGGACAACCUUUCCAUCAAAUAUGCUUAUAUGAGUGGCUGAGAGGACUACUAACUAGUAGACAGAGUUUUAACAUCAUAUUUGGUGAAUGUCCAUAUUGUAGUAAGCCAAUUACCUUAAAAAUGUCUGGAAGGAAACACUGAACUAAGAAUAUAACAUUUCGGUGAAGAGCUGGAAACUUAAAAAAUUAUCAAAAGGAAUUUUGGUAUCAUCUUCAGAGAAAAAAUAAAGCAAGAAAUACUAACAUCAAAAGGACAGGUAUGAUGAUGCGAUAAUAAUAAACAUCUGCGUUUGUCUCUUCACUAAGAGUAAACUGGGAAAUUGUAGGCCAAAGUCCAGUUGAACUUUCUAAGUCUGUGAUCCUCGUGCUGACUGUGGAAGUGUAUUUAUACCAAGAUGGAGAUCUUGACUUCUUGAAUAUAUCUGGACUGGUAAAAUCUUGAUGAGGCUCAUAAAAUGAGCUUGGGAAUUGUGUAUAGCUGAUUUUUUGUGGGAAACUGUUUACUUCAUUCAAAGGUUCUUGAGACUCUUGAUAUUUCUGUCUUCUCCUUGUGCUUUCCUAUGGAAAAAAUACAUACAUAGUUUAGUUUGUUAGACGUGAGUUAUCCAAGUAUUUAUUUUGUGUAGUGUGUAAGAAUGCUAAAUAAAAUGUUAUACAAGAUCAA